AUGGCUUUGAAAGAGGUGGCGGUUGCCUGGAAGAAAGAGGCAGAGAGAAUUGCUGGCGAGUUCGAGUUGAGAUCACCCAAAGACGCACGUGCCUUCCGGGAGAGCUUGGGCCGGCGACUUCGAGGCGAACGAGCACCCAUGAAGACCAUGGCGGUCGCCGGAGAGAUCCGCCUUGCUGGAGAUAUGGGAACCUAUACCAUACUCCCAUCCUAUCUGCCUGGAAAGAUGAACGAGCUUGCAGGCGGACUGUAUCGAGGUGACCGGGUGCUGUGCAAUGGGCGCCCCGGCAUGGUCUUCGGGAAGCCGGCGCGGGCGGCGUGCGUCCGAAUCUCCGUGUCCGUGAUGUACGAAGACGGAACCGUCAAGGACGAGCGGGUGGCCAAUCUGCAGCUGUUGGAAGACGUGCCCGAGGAUGAGCCGGUGGACGAAGCACCUCCGGUCCAGAUGGACCGGGGCAGUAGCACAGGAAUCUGCAAUGUCUGGGGAGCUGCUGUGAUUGAGCCGGGGAGCCCCACACUUUGCGCCGCAAUGGCCAGCAGGGCUCCACAUCGUCCAGUUUCUCUGGCACAGUCCCUGCACAAUGAUGCAUUGGACGGUGCCAUUACCUUUGAUGAGGCAAUCUCCCACACUGACGGCCUCAAACUUGUUCGCCUGGAGAAGCCCCUCAUUGUACACAAAGAGCCGGGCUGCAUCACGGUCGGAGAUCUUCCGGCCAAGGAUGAGAUCACGGACGAGAUAAAGAAGAAGGUGCAGUUCCUGGAUGUACUCAUGAACUGGGAGGGUGAGUUGGAUUUCAACAAGAUCGAAGAGUUGUUUUUCCAACAGCGCUACAGUGAUCUCCCACAUCCCAUCCGUAUGAACGGUCAAAACGAAACGCCCUACGACAUGCAGGUUUUCAUCGUUUCCAAAGGAGAAAACAAGUGGGAUAUCGUCAAGCACAUUAAGUUCGCUGAAGGGUCAAAAGUGCUGCGCAGCACUAUCCGCAGCAUGUGCACAGGGAGGGCCCUCGAGAUCGACUAUUGCAAGCAGUGCCGAGAAAAAGCUGUGAAUGAUCCCAAUGGGCCACUUUUCAAAUGGGACAAGGGAACCAUCAAGGAGUUCCUGCGCUGCCUUGCUGACAAAGGCUCGCAGGCAAACGCUAUCCAAGAUUGGCCCCUCACCCUGAAGAGCUUUACCCCGUGGGCCCUCAACACAAUCUUCGCACCCAUCUUGCCUCGCAUCCUGGAGCACGCAGUCAUUCUGAUUGGCAAGUCAGAGGUCGGCAAGAGCCCGACGGCCUACACUCUGGCGAACUUGGCUUCUGCAUUCUGGCUCCUUCAGAAGGGUCGUGAACAUGAGAAGCCAUCAUUCCAAAGCUGCAACCACCUGGACUAUUUCCGAAAGGAGAGAGGCCGUACAACAAAGCCAAGAGUCUUCGACGAUGGCAAUUUCAAUUUGGAGUCUCCGGCCUCGGUCAAAGCUGUCACAGAAGUGACAGGCUUUGACAGGAAGACCAUGGCCCGCUGGAACGCUUCUUCGUACGAGAAGAACCAGCUUUUCGUCGUCUGCUCCAACCCCUACGACCGAUCAGCUGAGCCCGCCUUGCCGCCCCAAACAAACAGCGACACGGUGUCCUUUGAAGUCUUCUACAAGCUUGUUAGGCCCUCUUUCCACAAGGACUUUGACGAGGAAGACUUGAUGGGUGUCUUCAAACGCUCGGUCAUGAUCGUCUUCACUGACAUCGGCAUCUAUGUUCGCUCGCCCGGCACACACCGCGACCCCAUCAAGCGUGUAGCCUGGCCCGACAAAGAUUUUGGGGUAGUCUCUCUCACAGCAAGGCCUACACUGUCCGCUUACCUGAAGGGCCACCUGCAACAACUCCCACCAAAUCAUGCGGAGGACAUGCAGUGGAGUUUGAAUCUUCUUCAGGCGGCCCUCGACGGAGAAGAAGUGCCCCUCUGCUACACGGUGACAGGCAAAGAAUUCUCCACCGGGAAGAAGUACCUCAAUGAGGUUCGCCCUGAUUUGGCAGGGAUUUCUGGCAGUACCACUCACUACUUCGAGGACAUCCCUGAGUCAACUCAGCCACCCACAAAGAAGCUCCGGUCUGUGAAAUCGUCCAGCUCCCUGCUCGCAUCUUCCAAUGCUGCACCAACAACCGCAUCUGCAGCAUCGUUCGUGGCAAAGGACAAGGUGCGUGUGAAGCAAGAGCCCACGGACGCCUUGCAGAAGUCCAUCGCCUUCAAGAAGAAACUCGGCAGCCGCACGUUGCAAAUCAAUCUCUCCAGCUCAUCAGAGAAGGAGGACACGAAACAGACGUCGUCGCCUCUCCACGCCGAGAUCAAGCAGUCCCCGCCCCAUCCGGAUUCCACCGCUGAUGGAUUCUUGCCGUCGCCAAACACACAUGCAGAGGCAGGAACUUCUGCAGUGGACUUCACGAAUGAUGAGAUGGAUGUUGCCUCCAACACUUCUCAAGAGGAUCCAAUGAAGAAUCUUCCGGACGAACACGAUCUUGAAGCAGAGAACCUCGGCAGGACCUUCUCACAACAGCUCGAUGACUUCGUGGACAACAUGCCGUCAGAGUGA